CCCUUUUGCUUAUCUUCUCUUCUAAAACUCUUAUUUACCCAAAAAACAAAACUCCCAAACCAAAGGCAAAACCAUUGUUUUUCUUCGUUUCAAUCAGUGAGAGGAGUUUGAAGAAAGCGCAUGACGUCUGAGAAUUCUAGUGGAGGAAAAACAUCAAGAAAGAGGCGAAAUGGGUAUGUUUCAGUAGUGGACACUCUAAACAAGUGGAAGAAGUUGAAUAAUCAAUUGGAGGAUUUGGCUAAAGAUGGAGGAGUAGAGGAAACUCGUAAAGUUCCAGCUAAGGGCUCCAAGAAAGGUUGCAUGAGAGGGAAAGGAGGACCUCAGAAUUCAGAUUGCAAUUUUAGAGGUGUUAGACAGAGGACAUGGGGAAAAUGGGUAGCUGAAAUUAGAGAGCCAAUUGCAAGUAAUAAUAAUACCCGUUUGAAGAAGAAAGGCACUCGUUUAUGGCUUGGCACUUUCUCCACUGCUCACCAGGCAGCUCAUGCUUAUGAUGAAGCUGCCAAAGCCAUGUAUGGCCCGUUCGCUCGUCUUAAUUUUCCUGAUUCUUCUUCUCCUCUUAUGAAACCAUUAACGUCAGAGCAUUCUGAUACGAUAUCUCCUGUUGCUUCUUCCUCCUCUUCUUCUUCGUUCUUUAAUGGAGUACCUGCAGAGAAAAUGAAGGACUGUUAUUCAAUGGAAAAGCAAGAGAAUUGUGAGUAUGAAUCAAUGGAGGAACUGAAGGUGAAAGUGGAAGAAACAGAAAGAAGUAGAGUCAAUUAUACAGAUAUUAAACCCAAUUCAUUUUAUGAUUCUAACAUUGGGAACAGAUCAGAAGGAAAUAUGAAGGAAGGAUUAGCUGAUGUUCUAAGAAGCCAUGAUCAGAAUAGCCCUUCUGAGCUUUGUUUUAAAUUUGAAACUAUGAAUACAAAGGGCUGCAAUGACUUGAAUGGAUGCAAUCAGUAUGUGCUACAGAAGCUUCAGAGUGAUCCAUAUGCAAGAACUUACUGGAUUCCAGCCGGGUGGGAGAUCGGCGAUCUCGGGUCUGCGACGGUGAUGGAAGCAAAGCCAAUGGAGAUUGAGAGCUACGGAGACUGUAUGGCCUUCAACCGUGAUCUGGGUUUGUUGCUGGAUCGGCAAAAACACAUGGGAGUUGGUGACCAGAGAGUUGAUGAUUGCAACAACUUUGAGUUUUUGAGACCUGAUUAUGAUUUUGGGUUGGAGGAGGAACGAAAGUGGCUUGAUUUAUGCUUCCAUGGAUGAAGAUUGAAAGUUUAGGCAGGGUAGUUUUUUUUUUUUUUUUGGUUACAAUUAUAUUCUCUUUUGAGCGUACAUACUAGUUUCAUUUUCUUCUCCUUUUUGUAGACCCCUGUUCUUUUGUGCACCUUCAAUAACAUGAGAUAUUAGAAUGAA